AUGGCUGAGGCUCCAGCCAACUGGUUUCUGUUGGAAUUCCAUGGAAUUCCGACAUUCCACUUGGAAUCCACCGGAUUCCGUCGGAACUCAUGGGGGAUGGUAAAGACCUCGGAAAUUCACUGGGAGAUGGAGGUGGUCAAGCCUCAUCUUAUGAUGACCUUGAAGGAGGUCAAUGCUGACUUUAUCACCAACUGGGAUCUUGAAAAGAUAAUGGAACCAGUAGUUCAUAAUACACCAACUUUCUCUGCAGUCUUCGAAGCAGCAGCCAAAUCAAAAUUUUCAAAGCAAAAAGCUAAGGCUGCAAAAUCUAAAAAUCGCAAGAAGUGCACAUUUCCUCCAAGCAACCCAAAAAUCCCCCUCAAGGAUUUGGACAUGAAUGAAAAUAACCCUAAUGCCAGUAGCUCAGAAAGCGAAGCCGAAUCUGAUACAGAGCCUGGAACUUCAGGGCCAACACCUGAUAAGACAAUCCCUAAAUCCGACGCUAUUUAUGACAACAUUGUUCUGCUUACCUGGGACCUACUUAUUGUUAUCGAGCUUGUCAACACAAUUCAGAGUGGUGACUUUGGCCGUGUGGAGGAUAUGCUUCCAACUUUAGCCUGCAUGAACAUUAUGCAUGAUAACAUGCUGGUCAAUAUUUCCAGAUUGCCCAGACAUGCUAUGGAUUUGAACAUUGAGCAUCUUAUAGGAUACUUAAAGCACUUAUUUGCUGCAAAAGGUGUCUAUUCGGACUGGGACAGUUUUGGAAACAUUUCCACUGUGAUUUCACAUCUCCAAAGAAUUAAGAGACAGGUUGCAAAAUCAACUGAUGCUGGACCCAAACUCCAAGCUGGACACUGCUUGGUCCAAACUGGUUACAACCAGUUCAAGACCGGUUUUUCAACUAAAUAUGCCAUAGAAUUUGCAAUUCUUUUAAACAAGUGCAAGAACGUUAAAUUAUGUUGA